AUGUCUGGGGUGCAGAUCUCCAUCGACCGGGGUGGUACUUUCACAGAUGUCCACGCAUCAGUCCCCGGGCAAGACGACAUCAUUCUCAAGGUCCUGUCUGUCGACCCGGCCAACUACAAUGACGCGCCUACGGAGGGCGUCCGCCGCAUCCUAGAAAUCAUCACAGGCAAGCCCCAGCCUCGAGGGCAGCCCUUAGACACCACGCCCAUCGAGCGCAUCCGCAUGGGCACCACAGUCGGCACCAACGCCCUGUUGGAGAGAAAAGGAGCCAAGUCUGCCCUGAUCAUCACAAAGGGUUUCAAAGAUCUUCUGCGUAUCAGCAAUCAGUCGAGACCCAAGAUCUUCGACUUGACGGUGGAAACGCCCGAGCUCCUCUACCAGUCCGUAGUAGAGGUAGAUGAGCGCAUCACCCUCGAGGGUUACUCCGAGAACCCGUACCCGGAGGAGAUUGACGUGGCUUCUGACUCUGAGCUCUGCUUGGGUCAGACUGGGGAGGUGGUCCGCGUGCUGCAGAAGCCAGACUUGACAGCCGUCCGUGGCUCACUGCAAAGCCUCUGGGAUCAAGGGUACAGAUCGCUAUCCAUUGUCUUUCUGCACUCGUACGUCUACCCCGAGCAUGAGAAGCAGGUCGGGGCUGUCGCUCGGGAAAUGGGCUUUUCCGCUGUAGAAUCUGCUGCCCUCCAGCCCAUGAUCAAAGCUGUUCCUCGGGGCACCUCCGCCACCGCCGACGCCUACCUCACACCUAUUAUUAAAUCAUACAUUGACUCCAUCUCAGCGAACUUCCAGGGAGGGUUGGAAGCCGAAGGGCUUCGCUGCGACUUUAUGCAGUCUGAUGGUGGUCUGGUUGACUACAAGAGCUUCAGUGGCUUGAAGAGCAUUCUGUCUGGGCCAGCGGGAGGCGUAGUCGGUUAUGCGCAGACCUCUUGGGAUGAUGACCAGAGAAAACCGGUCAUUGGCUUCGAUAUGGGCGGUACAUCAACUGACUGCUCUCGCUUUGCCGGCACUUACGAGCAUGUUUUUGAGACGACCACAGCUGGUGUUUCAAUUCAAUCGCCACAGCUCGACAUCAUUACUGUUGCAGCUGGUGGCGGUUCGAUGCUCUUCUGGCGCAACGGACUCUUUGCUGUCGGCCCAGAGUCUGCUGGCGCUCAUCCCGGCCCUGCAUGUUACCGCAAGGGAGGCCCUUUGACAAUCACAGACGCAAACCUAUUCCUGGGCCGCAUCGUCCCUGAAUACUUCCCCAAGAUCUUUGGGCCCAACGAGGACCAGCCGCUGGGCACCGAAAUCGUAGCCGAGCUAUUUGCCAAGCUGACAGACCAAAUCAAUGCUGACAACAGGGCUGCUGGGCGAGAUGCAUUCACUGCCGAGGACGUCGCUCUGGGGUUCUUGCAGGUCGCCUCCGAGGUCAUGGCGCGACCUAUCCGCGCCUUGACAGAGGCUCGUGGGUUCGAUACUUCUGAACACCUCCUCUCCUGCUUUGGCGGUGCCGGCGGCCAGAGCGCGUGCGACGUUGCUAAUGCUCUGUCCAUCACUCAGGUGGUCAUUCACAAGUACUCUUCCAUUCUCUCAGCAUACGGUCUCUCGCUAGCGGACUUGGUCCACGAGGUGCAGAAGCCGGCCGCCCUUGAUUUUAAUGAACAAAACUACGCAACAAUCGAGAAGACCCUCAAGGAGAUCUCGGACGAGGCGACCGCGAAUAUGCUGAGCCAGGGCAUUUCCAAAGAUCACGUUCGUCUGGAGGUGUAUCUGAAUAUGAGAUACGUGGGCUCAAACUCUGCUUUUAUGAUUUUACAAACCACUGCUGGCGUGGACAGUUUCUUGAAGGAGUUCGAGGAGAAGCACGCCCGUGAGUUUGGCUUCAUCUUCCCAGAGAAGAGAAUCCUCAUUGACGACUACCGUGUGCGUGCCAUCGGCUCUACGUCAAAACAUGCGGAGAAGAGCCCGUACAAGCAGUUGAUGGACAUAUCCAAGACGGAGGCGAUCGCCCCGGUGCCCGAGUCCAAGACAAAGGUGUUCUUCGUGGCUGGGGAGGGAAGCAUCGACACUGAUCUGUUCCAGCUUCAGAACCUCAAGCCGGGCACCCGGAUCCCGGGACCGGCUCUGAUUCUAGACAAGACCCAGACCAUCCUUGUCAGACCAGAGGCUACUGCGAUCAUACUGGAAAGUUCUGUGCUCAUUGAGCUCCAGGACGAGGCGUCAGCAAAUCCCACUUCGUCAUCGCAAAAGGAUGAGCAAGCUGUCAACCCGAUCCAGCUCUCCAUCUUUGGACAUCGGUUCAUGUCCAUAGCCGAGCAGAUGGGUAGAACUUUGCAGAAAACUUCUGUAUCCACCAACAUCAAAGAGAGACUGGACUUCUCUUGCGCAAUCUUCUCGCCUGAUGGUGGCCUUGUGGCCAACGCCCCGCAUGUCCCUGUUCAUCUCGGCUCGAUGCAAUUCUGUGUUCGGCACUUGUACAAUCAAUGGAAGGGUCGCUUGGAAGAGGGAGACGUGUUAAUCUCCAACCAUCCAUCCAGCGGUGGCACGCAUUUACCUGACAUCACAGUUGUCACGCCUGUCUUCAACCAGGGAGAAAUCAUCUUCUUCGUGGCGUCUCGUGGCCAUCACGCAGACAUUGGCGGCACCCGUCCCGGUUCCAUGCCUCCCGACUCUCACUGGUUGUACGAAGAAGGCGCUGCCAUCUUGGGCGAGAAGCUUGUCAGUAACGGACGAUUCAACGAGGAGCGCGUCAUCGAGAUCCUCCUCCACGAACCGGCCAAGAUCCCUGGAGGAUCUGGCACCCGCACCCUGAGCGAUAACUUGUCGGAUCUCAAGGCGCAGGUGGCAGCCAACAAACAAGGCAUCAACUUGAUCCAUGCCCUUGUUCAGGAGUACACACUCCCUCAAGUCCACAAGUACAUGUACGCCAUCCAGGACAACGCCGAGCAGGCGGUGCGCUCUUUACUAAAGAAGAUGCACGCCAACAUGCCGGCAUCAGGCCUCAAGGCGGUAGACUAUAUGGACGACGGAACGCCCAUCAGCCUCUCCAUCACCAUCGACAAGGACGCCGGCUCCGCCGUCUUCGACUUUGCCGGCACCGGACCGCAGGUCUACGGUAAUACCAACGCCCCCCAGGCAAUCACACACUCAGCCAUCAUCUACUGCCUGCGCAGCCUCGUCGCCUCGGAGAUCCCCCUCAACCAGGGCUGCCUCAACCCCAUCGACAUCCGCAUCCCCGAGUCCUCCAUCCUGAGCCCGGCACAGGGCGCCUCCGUCGUGGGCGGCAACGUGCUCACCUCGCAGCGCAUCACCGACGUCAUCCUCACGGCCUUUGGCGCCUGCGCCAACAGCUCCGGCUGCAUGAACAACCUCACCUUCGGAAUCGGCGGCAAGAGCGUCAACGAGAAGGGCGAGGAGACGGUCGAAAAGGGGUUCGGGUACUACGAGACCAUCGGCGGCGGCGCGGGCGCGGGUCCGACCUGGCAGGGCACCGACGCGGUGCACACGCACAUGACCAACACACGCAUCACAGACCCGGAGGUGUUCGAGAAGCGGUACCCCGUGCUCCUGCGGGAGUUUGGCGUCCGGACGGGGUCUGCUGGCGCGGGCGCCAACCGCGGAGGCGAGGGCAUCGUCCGCGACAUCGAGUUCCGCGUGCCGGGCGUGCAGGUCUCGAUCCUCUCGGAGCGCCGGUCGCGGGCCCCGAGGGGCUACGCGGGCGGCCAGGACGGCGGCAUGGGCCAGAACCUGUGGGUGAGGAAUGGGGGAGCGUCCGUCAUCAACCUCGGGGGAAAGGCGACGGCCAAGUUUGACAAGGGGGAUCGUAUCAUCAUCAAGACGCCAGGAGGUGGUGGCUGGGGGAAAGUACAGGAGGAAUAG